GCGGGGCAGCGCCCGCCGGGAUCCGGGCCGCGUGGGGCGGGGGCUCCCGGGGCGGCGCGUGGCGGGCAGCGGCCGGGCCCGCUCGCCGCGCCCGGGGAGCGAUGCAGUGCGCGGACGGGGCCGCCUGCGGGGCUCCCCCGGCCAGGCUGGGGCGGGCCCAGCGUCGGGGCGCCGGGCCCCGGGCAGCCCCAGAGCUCGGCGCGCGCUGGGGUGCGGGCGCGGAGCCGGGGGUGGCCUCCAACAGGCAGAGGGGCGACUGGAGGGCCGGUCGGGAAGUGUAUCUGGGCGACUUACAAGACGAAGUUAUCCGGAAGCGUCUUCUAAUCGAUGGAGAUGGUGCUGGGGAUGACCGGAGGAUUAACCUCCUAGUGAAGAGCUUCAUUAAGUGGUGCAACUCUGGAUCCCAAGAGGAGGGAUAUAGCCAGUAUCAACGUAUGCUGAGCACUCUAUCUCAGUGUGAAUUUUCAAUGGGCAAAACGUUGCUGGUAUAUGAUAUGAAUCUCAGAGAAAUGGAAAAUUAUGAAAAAAUAUACAAAGAAAUAGAAUGUAGUAUUGCAGGGGCACACGAAAAGAUUGCUGAGUGUAAAAAGCAAAUUCUCCAAGCAAAACGAAUACGAAAAAAUCGACAAGAAUAUGAUGCUUUGGCAAAAGUGAUCCAGCAUCAUCCAGACAGGCAUGAGACAUUGAAGGAGCUAGAGGCUCUGGGCAAAGAAUUGGAGCAUCUCUCACAUAUUAAAGAAAGUGUUGAAGAUAAGCUGGAAUUGAGACGGAAACAAUUUCACGUGCUUCUUAGUACCAUCCAUGAACUUCAGCAGACAUUGGAGAAUGAUGAUAAGCUGUCAGAGGUGGACGAAGCUCAAGAAAGCACCAUGGAAGGAGACCCUAAGCCAUAGACCCGCUGACCGUUGCUAUUCGCAGGAAUAGUGAAUAGCUGUACAGGCUUCGGGGGCUCAGUGUGCUGGGCUUUUGGGAUACUUCAACUUUGGUUGUGAAAUAGUUUGCUUGAAAUAGUUUGCUUUUAAAUAUUAACUCAUGUCUCAUUUUUAUUUCUUUACACAAAGAAAAUGUGUUCCAUGUAUGUGUGUUUUUUUAAUGUAGAAAUCAACAUCUGAAAGUAUUUAAUAAAAUGUCUCAGGCUGGA